GUCAUAAUUUUAUUAGAUUUGUCAUUACCUAUUUCAUAUGUAAACUAUCACAAUUAAGUAAAUAUAUAUCUUCACUUUAACGAUUCUUCUCUUGAAAUUGAUAGCUAUAAAUCUUUCUGACCUACCCUCGAAAUGCAAAAAUGGAGACAAAUACUUCAAAAAGCAGUCGAGACGACGGUAUUGACCGACCUAUACCCUCAAACAUAGCACUCCAAAUACCGAACACAGACUCCAUAACUUCUCGUGAAAUUGCCUCGCAUUCUUUAGAAGCAGCGUCAGAUAUCCAAUCUCCAAGAAGUCCAACUAGUCACUCAACUCCCGAGACAAUUAACGGAGAAAGAGCUUCUGUGACCACUGCGAAUUAUUCUGUGCCUCUUCUUUUAAUCAGUGCACCUCCGUCUGUAGUAAUACCCGCCACACAUCCCUCACGGAGAUGUGGUCUUAAGAUUCAAUCACCAAUUUCUUCCCAGCCUUUAAAUCCAGCGACAUUUCGCCAAGACGAUAAUGUACCUCAAUCUUUGUUCAUCCAAGCUUUAUCCCGUUUGACCAAUAGCGACACAUUAAAUAUUUCAGUUUUAAGCAAUAUGAUGGCUAAAUCACAGUAUAGUGUGUUUGGUCAGAACGUAAAGCAGAAUAAUGCUGGUCACAGACCAGGCGACCUGUCACCCCCUGAUUCCUUGACAAGUGCGCCUCCAUCUUAUUCCUACGUCUUGAGACAAAUGGCAGUCAGGAGAAGACCGAGAUUGAUGGGAACGUUUAUACCAUCGCCAUCCUUUGUGCCACAUUGCCCACCUCCGAAUUACAACGCGGCUUUCGACAUAUACGUAGAUAAUGCCAUGCCACCACCACCUCGACUUCGACAUCUUGGUUUCGGCCCGUGUCCCAUCGUCUGCCCGGAAUGUGGGUACUCGGGCAUGAGCGUGGUAGUCAGUAAAAUAACUAUGUGCACGCAUUUAUGUGCUAUUGUUCUUUGUUUAUUUUGCUGUUGGGUAUGUGCACCCUUACCCUACUUGAUGAGUUCUUGCAAGGACGUUUACCACUAUUGCAGUAGUUGUCGUUAUUUCUUGGGUAUGUACUGCCCUACUAAUACCUACAGCAGUUAAUAUUUCCUAAAGAAUAUUAAUGUAGUUAAA